AUGCUUGCCCAGUGCUUCGUCUCCCUGACCUUAGGACGCGACUGGCGUUUCAGGGAGGAGGAUCUGAAAGAAGGCUCCACCUACUUGCGUGUCGCCAGCUGCUUCCUGGACACGCCCGAGGCCUCCUUUUCCCUGCAUCGCCUCGUGGAAAUGGGGCAGCGCAUCCUGGGCAAGGAGCCUUCGUCGUGGUUUGGCCCCACGUCGGCCGCUCAAGCCGUGGGGCACCUGUUUGAGGCCUCCAAGGUGGCUGGUCCCGACUUUCUGAAAACCGUCGGCUGUGCGGUCUUUGUGGAUGGGCCCAUCUACAAGGCGAGUGUGAUGGAGCAUUUCGACAAUGGGUGCACAUCAGUGAUCCUCUUCGUCUGCCGACGCUUGGGCUUGGAAAGCUGCAAUUUGGACGAGUAUCAGCAAGGUCUGGAUAGCUGCUUUCGACUUCCCGAAUUCCAGGGUUUGGCAAGUGGCAACAGUUCCUCGUCAGCCCAUUUCUUUGUGGCGACGCACGGCGAAGAGAGUUUGCUCUUUCUGGACCCACACGUCACCCACCCCGCGUUGCAGAAGCCUGCGGAUGUGAUCGCUUCGGGAGGCUUGCGGGCUGAACGGCCCUUGCGGCUGCCAUGGACGAGCUUAAAUCCCUCCAUCUGCCCGGGACCCGACGACACCCGCAGACACCGACAAGACGAGCUGGAGUAG